AUGGCCAGUACAAUUGACCCAGACUGGCCAAAGGGAUAUUCCAUACCAUAUGAUGUCAUGCUAUGCUGGUAUGUGGUCUGGCAAUUGUUUCUGUCUAAGUUCAAAUUCCUGAGAGAAUUGAUAGGUGAUACAGGGUCCCAACAGGGAGACAACGAGCCUUCAGAGACUGAAGCUGAACAGGAGACUCCACCCUCGCCUCAGAGAGGUAGACAGAAAUCUGCUCGACAGCGAAGGGCACCUACAGAAGACACAACUUAA